AUGAGAGCAGGCCCAAUAAUCUCUUUAGCGUCAAUCUAUGAUCCUGAGAAGGAUGAAUAUCGUAGCGUAAUGUACAAAGGGUAUGUAUCAGAGCUCUUUGUGCCAUACAUGGACCUCACUGAAGAAUGGUACUAUCGGACUUUUCUCGACGCCGGUGAGUUCGGGUUCGGCCAAUGUGCAGUGCCUCUCGAACGACUGAAGGACUGCCCGGAAAAUGCAGUGUUCAUGGAUGGUUAUUACACANUCUUUGUGCCAUACAUGGACCUCACUGAAGAAUGGUACUAUCGGACUUUUCUCGACGCCGGUGAGUUCGGGUUCGGCCAAUGUGCAGUGCCUCUUGAACCACUGAAGGACUGCCCGGAAAAUGCAGUGUUCAUGGAUGGUUAUUACACGACGCAGGAUGGAUCACCGGAAAAGUUAUCCAACGUACUCUGUGUUUUUGAACGCCAUGCCGGAGAUAUCAAGUGGCGCCAUUCUGAAAGUGCGAUUCCAGGGAAAAUGAUUGUGGAGGUUAGACCAGACGUGAGCUUAGUGGUUAGAACGGUGUCAACUGUGGGCAACUAUGACUACAUUGUCGAUUGGGAAUUCAAGCAAGCCGGCACCGUCAAAGUUGAGGUUGGCCUAACUGGUUUGCUUGCUGUGAGGGGCUCAAACUACACACACAAAGACCAGAUACAAGAGGAAGUCUACGGCACAUUAGUAGCAGAGAACACAUUGGGUGCGAAUCACGAUCACUUCCUCAACUUCAACCUUGACUUAGACAUCGACGGUGAUGCUAACUCCUUUGUCAAGACCAACUUGCAAACCAGGCGCGUGACGGGCAACCGAUCACCGAGGAAGAGUUAUUGGACGGCUGUGAUUGAAACUGCUAAAACCGAGUCUGAUGCAAGGAUUCAGCUGAACAAAAAGCCAACUGAGUUAUUAGUUGUGAACCCUAGCAAGAAGACCAAAGUGGGGAACCAAGUUGGCUACCGUCUGAUCCCAGGGUCCGUGGUGGGUCCCCUUUUAACGGACGAUGAUUACACACAGAUACGUGGGGCCUUUUCGAAGUACAAUGUGUGGGUUACACCAUAUAACAAGUCAGAAAAAUGGGCAGGAGGAUUAUAUGCCGAUCAGUCCCAUGGAGACGACAAUUUAGCUGUAUGGAGCCUCAGGAAUAGGAUCAUAGAAAACAAGGACAUUGUGCUAUGGUACACAUUAGGUUUCCAUCAUGUACCUUCCCAAGAAGAUUUUCCGAUCAUGCCGACGCUGAGUGGCGGGUUCGAGCUCCGGCCGGCCAAUUUUUUUGAGCACAAUCCGACGAUGAAUGAUGUAAGUCCAAAAGAUGCCAGGGCUUAG